CUUGAGCGAGCGAUCUCUCCCCUUCCAAUCUCGCACUGAAAAACGUGUCUUUUUCGAUUUUUACUUCUUCUUCUCCUGUUGCUUCUCCCUUGGAUCUACCCUCGCCGCUGCCGCAAUCCCGCCGAAGGGGAAACCGUCCGACGAGCUGGUCGGCGGUCGGCGGAGGCGCCCUGAUCUUCGCUCGCGCCGGAGCUUUUCGCGCAAUCCGCAUUGAUCGGAGCGGCCGGAGGAGGAUGCUGAGCCCGCUCGCGAAUUGGAGGGAGAGCUUGGAGAAGAUCGCCCUCGCCGUGCACGACGGCGACGACGACGGCGACGACGACGAGGGGCUCGAGAUCUACGGCCGAAGCAACGGGGGCGAUUCCUCCGUCUCUGAUCGGAGGAGCUCCCACGGCCUCGCGCAUUCCCCGUCCCUCUCGCGGUCUCCCGUGGCCAAUGGAUUCGGCGCCGCUCAUGAUUUCGAGAUUGAGCAAUACAAAGCAGAAAUCAAAAGGCUUCAAGAAUCAGAAGCAGAAAUAAAGGCCCUAUCAGUCAAUUAUGCAGCUUUGCUAAAGGAGAAAGAGGAUCAUAUUUCUAGACUGAACAAAGAAAAUGGAUUAUUGAAGCAGAAUCUGGAUGUGACUGUCAAUGGUGUUAGAAAUGAAAGCACGAGAGCAUCUAUAAAUAGUACAAAUGCGCUCAAGGAGGCUAAUGACCAAUCACCAAACCGGCAACACAAAUAUGCGACGCAAUUGAAAACACGUUCUGGUGUAAAUCAAGGACAGAAUGGUAUUGUCUCGAGACUGGACAUUAAUGGCAACGGAACUAGGCAUGCUGGAGAACAUGACCGUUUUUGGGCUAAAGAAAAGGAGCUUGCAGAUUUGCUAGAAGAAAAAAACCGGUCCCUUGCAGCAGUACAGGCUACUCACCAAUUACAAAUUGGAGAACUCAGGACGGAAUUGGAGAAGGAACGCAAAAGAUUAGCAACUGUAGACAUUGAAUUGCGAGAGGAACGCAAGUUAAAUGAAGCAUUACAGACCCAACUUCAGUCACUGAACGAUGAGAAGGACAAAAUUUUUGUGGAGAUGAAUCAAGUGCGCAACGAAUUGAAUGAGAAAUUAUUGGAAAUAAAAAGAUUGCAAAACGGGUUGGACAGGCAUGAGAACAAAGAUGUUGAUGCGACUUUUGAGAGACUAAAAAGAGUCAUUGCCUCCCUGGAGAAGGAAAAUAACAACCUCAAGGUGGAGAAAAGUGAACUUGAGGUUGCUUUGCAGAUGACCAGGAACUCUCCAACUAUCAAAGGGACCCAAAAUAGUGUUAAUGAGGAUGUAGUUCCCUCCAGAAGUUCUAGUGAAAGAGACGGAUUAAAGCAAUCCCUGCAAAAAUUGGAGAAUGAUUUGAAGGAAACACGGAAAGAGAGGGAUAAAGCAUUGCGAGAAUUGAGCCGGCUUAAACAGCAUUUGUUGGAUAAGGAAUCUGAAGAAUCAGAAAAGAUGGAUGAGGACAGAAAGGUAAUUGAAGAAUUGCGAGAAACCAAUGCAACUCUGAAAACUCAGAUUAUACGCCUUGAGAAAGCUCUCAACCAAGCAAUAGCAAAUCAGGAUGAGUUACGGAUGAAUAGUAGCAAUGAAACUCAAAAGCAGAAGGAGAUCAUUGAAGACCUGAACAAAAAAAUUGCAAAUUAUAUGAGCAUUGUAGAUGGCAAGAACAUGGAGCUGCUGAAUCUUCAGACUGCCCUCGGUCAGUAUUAUGCGGAAAUUGAAGCAAAGGAACGUUUAGCAAGAGAUCUGGCUUUGGCAAGAGAAGAAUGUGCAAGAUUCUCGGAGCUUUUGGAUAAUGCACACAAAUCUGCAGAGGUGUCCAGAAGGGAGAAGGAAGAUAUUUUGGACAAACUCUCUCAAGUUGAAAGGGCGCUGAUUGAAGGGAAUAACAGAGUGAACAAACUUGAGGAAGAUAACGCAAAACUGCGGCGUGCACUUGAGCAGAGCAUGACCCAACUUAAUAGAAUGUCCAUGGACUCAGAUUAUCUAGUUGACAGGCGUAUUGUGAUCAAAUUGCUUGUGACUUAUUUCCAGAGGAAUCACAACAAAGAGGUUCUGGAUCUUAUGGUACGCAUGCUAGGAUUUUCAGAUGAAGACAAACAGAGGAUUGGUGUUGCACAACAAGGUGCCGGUAAAGGUGUUGUUCGGGGUGUCCUGGGUAUUCCUGGCCGUCUAGUAGGUGGUAUCUUGGGAGGAAGUUCGGUUGAAGCACAUGCUAAUAUGGCAUCUGACAACCAGUCCAUUUCCGAUCUUUGGGUUGAUUUUCUUCUCAAAGAAACCGAUGAAAGGGAGAGAAGGGACCGCGACGGAUCAACAGCCGAAUCUGCAGUUGAUACAAGUGGAAAAAGUCCAGACGCAGUUGGCACUACUCCACCUUCAUCAGAUAGCAGAUCAUCCGCAGCAGCUGGAGCCCCACCCAGUUUCUCAAGAUUUAGUCCAUCCAUGAGCCAAGGUUCCAGUCCCCAGCAAUUUCAGGGGAAUACACGACCACCCGAACGCUACGGGUCCGAGUUCUCCACAGUUCCUCUAUACAACUCGGAUAGUACAUCAUGGACUUCUAGACCUUUUCCCAGAUAAUUAAUGCCGCAUCAUGUAAUUAACCAAGUAUAGGAAAUUCUGCUGUGCAGUCUGUGCUACUUUUGUCAUACCACCCUGUUGCGAUUCGUUUGAAUACAAGAUUGUUCGCCCAAAUUUUUGUGACAUCAAUGUGAAUAAUAAGAAUGCACCACAGUGCUUAUUUGCCGUUGCGAACUCCAAAA